GGAACCCGCGGGGGAAGGGGCGGGAGCGCGCUCGCCCCUCGCUGCUGGGGGAGCCGGAGGGGCUGGAUUGGGAGGAGGAGGAGGAGGAGGAGGAGGAGGAGGGGGAAGGGGAAGAGGAGGCGGAGGAGGAGGAGGGGGAGUCGGUGUGUGGUGCACGCCGCGCUCCCAGCACAAAAGCCCAGGGAAAGAAACUCUUGGAAAGCUGGGAGCGAACGGUGGGGCCGGGCAGGAGCAGGUCGAACCGUCCGGGUCUGUUCGUCUCCACUGGAUAAAUUUUGCAGCUGCGAAGGAAUUAAAUCCUAUUUUCUUCUUGUUGUUGUUGGUUUUUUUUUUUCCCACCCCCUACCCCCAAGAUUUUUUUCUUCUUUUUUUCUUUUUUUUUUUUUUUUUUUUUUCUUUUUGAGAGCGAGAGGGAAGGCAGAGCAGCGCUUCUCCCCCCACCUCUUUUCACGCGCUCGAUCUUUUUAUUUUUAUUUUUGUUUCCCUUGGGGUAGAGGUGCACGCAAGGAAAAAAAAAAAAAAAAAGUAAAGGACUAUGUUUGCUUCGUGGCUGACUUUCGCCGUGCUCUGGGGAACUUUCUGUGCAGGGCCAGGCCACGGGGAGGCUGAGACAAGGGAGUGCAUCUACUACAAUGCCAACUGGGAGCUGGAGAAGACCAACCAGAGCGGCGUGGAGCGCUGCGAGGGGGAGAAGGACAAGCGGCUCCACUGCUACGCCUCCUGGAGAAACAACUCGGGCUCCAUCGAGCUGGUGAAGAAAGGCUGCUGGUUAGAUGACUUCAACUGCUAUGACAGGCAGGAGUGUGUAGCCACAGAAGAAAACCCUCAGGUGUUUUUCUGCUGCUGCGAGGGCAACUAUUGCAAUGAGAAAUUUACCCAUUUGCCUGAAGUCACCGGCCCAGAAGUCAUAUACGAGCCACCGCCACCCACGCCCUCCCUGCUGAACAUCCUGGUGUACUCCCUGCUGCCCAUCGCCGUGCUGUCCAUGGCCAUCCUGUUGGCCUUCUGGAUGUACCGCCACCGGAAGCCUCCCUACGGCCACGUGGACAUCAUUGAGGAUCCUGGCCCACCACCCCCUUCUCCCCUGGUUGGCCUAAAGCCCCUGCAGCUCUUGGAGAUCAAGGCAAGGGGACGCUUUGGCUGUGUGUGGAAGGCUCAGCUGAUGAAUGACUACGUAGCAGUGAAAAUCUUCCCUAUUCAGGAUAAGCAAUCUUGGCAGAGUGAGAGGGAGAUUUUCAACACUCCUGGCAUGAAGCAUGAAAACCUUUUGCAAUUUAUCGCAGCAGAGAAAAGGGGGACAAACCUGGAGACAGAGCUCUGGCUGAUCACAGCUUUCCAUGACAAGGGAUCUCUGACAGAUUACCUGAAGGGCAACAUUAUCAGCUGGAAUGAGCUCUGCCAUGUUGCAGAAACAAUGGCCCGUGGCUUGUCCUACCUUCAUGAAGAUGUCCCCUGGUGCAAAGGUGAAGGACACAAACCUGCCAUAGCACACAGGGACUUCAAGAGUAAAAAUGUCUUGCUGAAGAAUGACUUGACAGCUGUGCUAGCUGAUUUUGGACUGGCUGUACGGUUUGAACCUGGAAAACCUCCAGGGGACACUCAUGGACAGGUGGGAACAAGGAGGUACAUGGCUCCUGAAGUGUUGGAGGGAGCAAUCAACUUCCAACGAGACGCCUUCCUGAGAAUAGACAUGUAUGCAAUGGGACUGGUGCUGUGGGAGCUAGUCUCCAGAUGUAGAGCAGUUGAUGGUCCAGUGGAUGAAUACAUGCUGCCUUUUGAAGAAGAAAUAGGUCAGCACCCAUCCCUUGAGGACCUGCAAGAAGUGGUGGUUCACAAGAAGAUGCGCCCCGUGUUCAAGGAUCACUGGCUAAAACAUCCCGGCCUGGCGCAGCUCUGCGUGACCAUCGAAGAGUGCUGGGACCACGACGCGGAGGCGCGGCUCUCGGCCGGCUGCGUCGAGGAGCGCAUCGCGCAGAUCCGCAAAUCCGUCAACGGCACUACCUCGGACUGCCUCGUCUCCAUCGUGACGUCCGUCACCAACGUGGACUUGCCACCCAAAGAGUCUAGUAUCUGAGUCCUGGGUCCUGGUUCGCUUUUUGUCUUUCCAGACUCAGCGGAUUUAAAACAAACAAACAAACAAAUCGACAAGGAAAAGAGUUUAAAGAAAAAAAAAAAAGUACAAAAAAAAAAAUUCACAAAAAUUCAACAAACCCAUGAAUGCAGCUGCUAUUUUAUCUUGACUUUUUAUUAUUAUUGUUAUUAUUAUUAUUAUUGUUAUUUUUUUGGAUUGGAUCAAUUUUACCAGCACAUUGCUCUACUGUAUUAAAAAAAAAUGGACAUUUCAGCAAGCAUUCAGGUGCCGACUAAUGAAUGCAGAAAAGGUGCAGGUACCUCAGAACCUCAACAAACUCACUUCAGUUGUUUUUAUUUUAUUCAGUUUUCUGGGUUUCUCUUUAUCAGUUUGUCUUCUGAGCGGAGCAUCUGUGACAUAAAGCUUAUGUGACAUAAAGGAAAACCACCUACCACCUUUGAAAACGCAAUGCUGCAAACUGUGGAGGAAACUUAAGACUGUUAUGUAAAGAACACACCUUCCUCAAAAGCAUUUUUCCCCAUGUUGGUUUUGGGUUCAGUUUCUUUUUUAUUUUUAUUUUUUUUUAGGUUUUUUUUGGAAGUGAGCUUCAGAAAAAAACAGCAGAUGUGUCUUUUACGGAUCUAACGGGUGUCAUUGUAACAUGGGAAAAAAAAAAGUAACUGGGCAGAGAAUGUUAAUUCUUGAUGGUAUAAUUGAAGGGGGGAGCGUAGAAUAGGGGUGGGGAGAGUGACGUUGGACUUGGCAGCAUUUGGGGAAACAUCAUUUGCUAUGGAGCUACUUCUCAGGUAACCAUUAGAGGAGGGAAAGGACAUUUCUGGGCAGAGUAUUUACGGCUGCAGCGUAUGGAGAAAGCGGAGUUAAAGAGGCAGUGGUUGGAAGACAGGCACUUGUUUCUUCCUCCAGAGACUGGGGUUGGGUGGUAAAAGAACAAACCAGGACUAUUAACUUUUAUUUUUCAUUUCCAGGUAGUAGCAGGAAGGAUGCUUUCAAUGUCAUCAGGACAGGUGGGGAAGUGUGAUUUCAGAAGCACUUUGGUAAAAUACUGGAAGAUGAGAAAAUUUUUGCAUCUCAUUUUAAGUAUGAGUCAGUUGAGACAAUUUAGCCUUGGGUUGAUUAUCUUUCAGCCCAAGCUAACGGUGCAGACAGUGGAAAGAGGAAAAGAGUGAAAACUUGAGUAUAUACAUUUUUUUUCUUUAUUAAUUUGGGACUGGGGGAGUGAAUGGUGGCAGCUGGCUCCUGCAGCACCUGAGAAGCCUGAGAGCUGCCUGGCUGCAGGGAGCUGAGGCAGCUCAGCAGCAGCAGUAAUUCCCACAGCACCUCUCCCACUGGUUUCUUUGACGCUGCUUUCUCCUUACUCUGUGAUGAAACUCUUUUGUCUUAAAGUGGUGCAUAUUUGAAAAUACCGUUACUCUUAUUAUGCCAUAAACUCGCUCUAGUCAGUGAAUGUUCCUAAUGCUGCUGAUUCAACAUGAAAUAUUUUUUUAAUUUGCAAAACAUGCAAUGUUUAAAAAAAGAAAAAACUUAAAAAAAAAAAAACCAAACACAAAACAUACACACACACACGUUACGUGGCUUCCGAGGUUUAAACUGAAAAAAAAAUUAAAAACUUCAUGACCACAGACCACCUCAAACCAGAAAUACCUCAGAAUUUUCUACUUGUAUGAGUUUUAUUAUAUAUUUUGUUAGUUGUGUUGUCUUGUAGUAAGUAUAUUUUAAUGUAAGUUGGCUUUUAUGACAAGGGAGUUUUAAAAAAAUUAAAAAAAGAAAAAAAGUUCCAAAAUCUUUUAGGAAGUGCUACCAUUUUUUUGUUGUUUUGUUUAAUAAAGCACCAUUGUAAAUAACUGUAUACAGUUGUGGAAUAACUGCCUAUAUAAGGUACCUGGGCAUUAUUCACUCUUAUUUGUGAAGGCUGUUUCCAUUCUGUGUUUUUUUUUAUUUUGUUUUUUUUUUCCUUUGGUCUGUUUUAGUGAAAGGACAGUACAUCUUUUUUUUUUUUUUCUUUUAUUUUUAAAAUUUUUUUCUUUUUUUUUUUUUUUUUUUUUUUACUUUGAAUAUAACAUGAGUUCUGUGUCUUGCUAGACUGACAAAGUUAUGUCCAUUGGAUGGCCAGAUCUUCUAAAUUUUUCUUUGUGUUAAGCCAAAAUGCAGUCCUAAACUAAUCACCCUGUAAUGGAAAUGUAAAAAGUCUGUAUUAUAUAUAAAUGAAUUGGACUUCUCUCCACUGCCAAAUUAUCAGUGUGCACCCUUGCACAGAUAUAAUUUAUUAAGCAAACAAAACUGCUAAUUGGAGAAAAUAUUAAAAAAAAAAAUUGAAAUAUAUUUCUUGAAAAGUAUAGCUUUAAAACCUAGAGGUCACAAAUGAGGACAUGGUCCUUUAUCUUGAAGAGACAUUAAGAGAAUUGCCUUAAUUUGUCUAUCUGAAUAAAGUCUUAACCUAUUCUUUCAAGUUACUGAAUGUAUAUUGCAUAUUAGUGUGUACACACAUGUAACUGUGUUUCCGUGUGUAGGUUUGAAAGUUUCUGUUUCUUGAUGUGCUUCUGUUGAGAAAACCUUGACAAAACCAGACAGAACGAUACCGUUUUGACCCAGCCAAUGUCCCUGGUGGCCAUUGGCACCUUUGGGCCUGAUGCUGCAACGUACCUAUGCUUAGCAUUGAGGGUGUAGGUAGCUCUUCUGGUGUCAUGACAUUAGGCACUCACUUAAUGUUAAGUGUGGUUGUAAAUGUUUGCAGGAUCAGUAUUUUUCAUGUUUAAUACAUUUCUGCACUGAGAUUUAUAUGAAAAUGUGACUAUGUCUUAGAAGUGAAGUGAUGUAAGGGUUGGGGUGGAGCGUAGAGCAGUUAAUUUAAGACUGAGUGAAUACUUGUUUUGAGGUGGGCUCGCUCCCUUUUCCCAGGGAAUGGGAGCCAGUUCCUAUUGCUGCAGAAAGAAAAAAAGCUGUACUGUCUUUUAACUGUUAAUAUCUGUUUGCUCUUCUGGAUUUUUUUCCUUCAGCAUUACGUAUUAUAGCUAAAACAGGCUCAUUACAGCAGUUGCUUUUUUAUCCUGAUUUCUUUAAGAAGCUUUAAAGUAUUUAUUGAAAGUGCCAUAUUAUUUUAAUAGCCUAUUAAACAGUGUCUGAAAUCUUCUCUUUUGAGAAAGCAUAAACACAAAUUCUCACAUGUAGCUUAUCUUACUGCGGGGAACUGCACGACCGUACAAACCUUGACCGAAUGUUGAUUGUAAAGUGUUACAUCUUCCUGGUGUAAUGGUUCCUUAUAGAUCAUCUUGUCAGCAGGACUCAGAAACUGAUUGGAAAAAGAAUUUCCAAAUUGGGUGUGUGCUGGGUAACGAGUUUUAUAUGUAUGUAGGUACGUGUGUCUUGCUAUUGCAGCAUAGAAGGAAAUCCUGAACUUAUAAUGUGUACCAAUUUGGAUAAAGCUGUUUUUUAAACUGGUAUUUAUUUAUUUUGUUAACAAAGACAAGCUCUGAUUAACUUGUUGGUCUUUCAACAGUUGAGCUGUCAAGCAAGUACUUUCCUCACCUCUAAUCCAUUUAAACUCUCAUUGACAACAUGAUUUUAGUUCUGUUUGGUACUGCAGAGGCUUUUUCCAAGUCAGGAAUUGGGCACAUCCAUAGGUGUAGCUGUCAUAAGCAAAUGCAGCUCUUUUUCUUUUAACACUCCCUUGAAUACGACGGUGACAACACCUCUUAUGUUGCUUCCCAAGCACUGAAUUUCACUUCCCAUUCAGACUUAGAGGAAGCAGCUCUGCAAAAAUUUGUCUGGAGAUUUUUAUUGGUCACCUCCCUCUCUCAUAUGGAAGUUCUUAGGUGAAUAUUAACACUGAAUAUCCUGAGUAAAAAUUCUCCUUGUCUUUAGGAGCCAGGAUUCCACAUCUCUCUGGUGGAACUCCCUUUUAUGAAUUUAUUGCACUGGCUGGACUGGUUUUUAGGUGCAGAAAUUUUGACUUCACAUUUUUAAACUGGAAAUACCACAGAAACAAAAACUGGGGUGUUUUUUUGAGAUGGUAGAGCUGUGACUUGCUGAUGAAAUUGCAUUAAUACAGCAAGGCUGAAAAUUGUAUAUGGCUUAUAUUGAAAUAUACAUGCAUUUUAUAAGAGGUGGCUAGAAACCAGCCUAACUAUAAGUUAAGUAAUAUCAGGCUAUUCAUUAAGGAUUUUAGCUGGUUCUGAUCAUUAAGAAAUCUCUAUUUAAGACAAAAAUAACCCACUUUUUAUUCUGUCUCGUUCUUCAGCUGAAAUUCUCUUACAGAAUAUCUUUAUGUGCCAGACAGUUACACCUAUGGAAGUGCAGAGGUCUUUGUUUUGAAGAGAAGGUCUGUGUGUGUCCCCCAGUAACUCCCCUGCAUUUUCCUUGGGUCUCCUGACUCCCUGCUGUUCCCACUUGAAGUCAGUGGUUUUGGUGGAAGCAGACAUUUCCAGGCUGGCUGGGUCAGGCCUGGCUGUUAGGAAUCCUGAUCCCCCUGAACAUCGCAGCACUGAAAUGUUUUAUUCCUCUUGUACCACUUCCUAGGCAGAGUGUCAGAGCGUGCCCUGUUUUACAGGCAUGGAAGGAACUCAUACUGCAGAGGAAGGUGCUGGGUGAUAAAAUGUGACAGUGCUGUUGUUGCAGUCCUUUUCAAGCCACACUCCGCUUGGGAAGUUGCUAAGCAGGAAGCGUCCCACAAACUUUUGUCACUUUUACAUACAGGAUAUUGUUUGGUAACAUUGUAAAUAAAAUAGACUAUAUAAUAGAGGAAAAUAAGGACAUUUUGACUUUUUUACUUUUGGAAAUAUAUAUAUAUAUUUUAGUUACAUAUACAAACAAAAAUUCUACAUUGUGUGAGAAUUCUUUUAUACCACAAAUUAUUUUUGUAAUGUCUAAUAUGUUUCUGCAGGGAAAAGGGAGAAAGGUCUGUGUAUGCACAGCAAAUAAAUAAAUAAAUAUAUAUAUAAUGUUUAAAUUAAGUGUGCACUACAUCAAAGUCUAGAGGAUAGAACAAGUGUAGCCUGAAAACAGUUUGAGGAGCAAGUUGGAUGUACUUGGACAUGCUUUGAGGACAGCACUGAGUAUAUGUUUAGGUUAUCUUGCAUGUCACAUCCCUUCUGCUAAAGAUGCUUAUUGCUUUUCUAUAGCCAUCUUCAGUUAACCUGGGAGGAAUUUUUCACGUCUUCAUGCGAGUAGCCGUGUGUGGGCAGUGUGUCUUUUGGCAUAUGCUGUGGUGCUGCAGUGAGUUGUGCAGUCAGGGUGUUAAGAAUUUACCGAGGCCAAACAGCCGGGCUGAUCCUGCUCGCUGCCGUAUCCGCUGAUAGCAGCUGUGUCUGCUGCACUGACAAUAUGAUCUGUAAGGAGCUGUUGCCAGUGGAAUCCUGAUAAAACCAGUUCCUAGAAAUUCCUUCUCUCUGAAGUGACACGACUAAUCAGGCUUCACCAGAACACACAGCUAUGUCCUCUCUGUUCCCAAAAUCAGAUUUAAUAGUCUGGGUCGGAGGCACUAAAGAAAAGGAGCACUGUCAUGUCCAAAGUCCUGCUAAGAGAAAGAACUUCCCAAAUCUGUGUAAGCAAUCCAAGAUAUUCUAAAAGUAUUAAAAAAAAAAUGGGGGGGAGGGGGGUGUAACCUAAUUUUCAAUUGUACUUAAAAUUCACUGCAGUCUUUUUAGUCCUCUCAGACAUGAUAGUACAGUGUCAGUGGGUGAGAGGUACUGAAAAAAGCUUUAGACCAAACAACACAUGGCACUGCCUUGGAGCUGGUUUGACAGUGUGCCUUUUGCAAUUAGUGCUCACUAAUUCAAGCAGACUCCUGCAAUUACCGAUCCCUCAGCUGUGUUCUGGUGAAGUCCUAGCCCUGAGGAAACCAGGAGGAGAGUUUCCAUCCAAUCCUGUGUGACCACAAGAGUGUGUGUGCUCUGGAACACUUUCUAAGCACACCUGGUCUUUUAUUUACAUGGGACUUCCUUUUUUAUGACUCGUUUUAGGGUGACACUCAGUUCCCUGACUGAAGUAGUAGCCUAUGGAAUGAGCAGCAAUGCUUUUUGUCAGGACACUUCCACAGAAAGAGAUCAUACUUGUGUUAUGUCCAUCCAGCUGUUCUGAAAUGUAAUGCUAUUCUGUUGUGCCUUUAUUUUUCCAUGUAAAAGCAACUGCUGUAAGCUUUCUUUUUCUUUUACUAGUUUUAUUUUUUUAUCUCUGUCUGAAAAAAACCCACACUUUUCAUUGCCCAGCUGUCAUUUCUGGAUGCAGUCUGUGAUCCAGGUAUUUCAAGAACCAAUUACCUCAAACCUCAUGUUAAACAGUGUUGCUAUCUGGAUUCGCCUUGAUACUACAAUAUUGUAACAUACACAAACAGGAACCUUGCUCUAUAUAGGUGUUUAUAUAUAUGUAUCAUAUACAUAUAUACAUGUAUAUAUAUGAUAUAUAUAUGUAAAUGGAAAGUGAUCCCCAAGGACUGAAGGAAAAAAAAACUUAUUUUGUAUUCCAACACUGAAACCAAAAGGGCUUUUCUGAAGCUCUAUAAUGGCAUUGUGCUGGGUCUCUACAAAGAAAAAGUGUUUUCUAAAAAGUGCUUCCUUUAUUAGCCUUUUAUUUCAGUAUUUUAAUGGGGCAGAUGAUAUGACUAAAACACCACUUCUGCAUUUUUGGCCCAUUUUGAAGCAGAAGUCUUAGUCUUUCCAGUUGUUAAAAUAAACAAAAACUCAGUUUAUAACAUUCCAAUAAGGUUGGUAUUGCAAAACAAACAUGUUCUAGUAAAAUUCCAUAGCUUCUAUUUUUGUGAAAAGGAAGGCCAUACUUCAUUCAAUUUUCCAGUGUUUUGAGGAACUGAAGUUUAACCAGUAACCAUCCUAGUCAAUUAAAAUCCUAAUUCAGUAGUCACUGGCAUCUCUGCAUUGCCACAUAUGUUAAAACACCAAAAUAAAUUCCAAAAAACAAUCAAAACCAAAAAUCUAGCCAUGACAGAGGAGGAGGGGAUUGGAGCAUCUCGUAGCUUUGGAAAGUGGACUUAGCAACUUUGUGGAUAGCAAAAAAUAUGUUGGCAAGACUGAAAACCUGUUUGUCCCUUUCCUUUUCCAAAUACCUACUCCCAAGAACCAACUUAUAAAAUCAAACCUUCAACUACAGCAACUUCUUAAUGGUACUUUGCUGAAGAGAAUUAUUUUCAGGCUAUAUUUUGGGGAGAAAAAUAAAAGUGGGACCAUUUUUAAAAUUACCAUUUUAUUUUAUGUGUUGCCCUCCCAAACGUCUGGUUUGUUUUUUUUUUAAAUGUAUCCAUGUAGUUGCUACAACAUUAGUCUGUAUUUUACUUGGACAUCAUAGUAGCUUUCCUGUAGCUUUCCAAAUACUAAUGAAUUUACCAUUGCUAGUAAUUCAUUUAAUUACUGGUAAUGAAUGGAUAGUAAUUAAUUUACGAUUACUAAAGGAAGAGAACACGAUAUUCCCUUUCCUCAUUUUUUUUUUUCCUUGACUGCCUAAUGUUUCUAUGGCUAUUGAUGAUUAUUAUCUCUGGUAAAUCAAAGUACUAAAAUCUCCCAGGAGGUGAUAUUUUGCAAUGCUGCUGGCCUUCCAAUGGAAUAACUAUGAUGCAAACAUCAAUCUCGUAGUGGGUGAGGAUUGAAGGAGGUGGUUACUGCAAACUAAGUAACAUUUUUGGCCUCAAUUCUAUGCCAUAAGCCUGCACAAUGCCAUUGUCAAUCUGUUCAAACUAUCUGCUUAUGAAUUCUGCAUGAUCCUCAUGAUAGAGUUGAAAGUCUGAUCUUUCACCUGUUAAUAUUUUCACAUUCGUCCCUAAGUUUGACAAAUUUUGUACUGUAAAGUUGACUUAAGUACAGUUUGAUGUCAAUUCUUGUGGAAAGAGCUUUCUGCAUGUAACAUUAGAUGCAUACAGUUAAACAACACAGCAUAGUACAAAAACUCACAAGAAAAUGUUUUGGCACCAGCAGGAAGAAAUCUCACCCUAACCAUUUGUCAUUUUAUAACCAUCCUAAUUGUAAGUUUUACCAGCUACUUCUAAAUUUGUGCUUUAUUUAAAGAAAGAAAAGAAAAUCCUAAGACUUGUCUAGCGUAGUGAAAUAUGUGUAUAUCAGUUUUAGGAUAAAUAGCUAAGUCUUAUUACGCUGUGUUACUUAACUUGUAUAUAUAGAGUAUACAUAAGAGUUUGCAGUAACCUGUUUCUCCAGGAUUUCCAGUUGGAAUGGAUUUAAACUCAAACUAUGAGAUUAAAUGAUUUAGAAGAUUGCAGAAUAGGCUGAGUGUAAAUUACAGGAAGCUCUAUCAGAUGGUGAAAUAAUUUUUAAAGAGUCUUUUGGUCCUUGGCUCAAAUUCACUAAGUACUGUUUGUAUACCAAGAUAUGUGAAAUGUAAAUGUUGUAGGUUAUAUUUCACUCUUGUAGCUAUAAAAAUGUAGAACAGAGAUAGCUUGUACUACUGAGUUAACAAAAGUUAUACUAAAGUAUCCUGUUAAAGAAAAAAGUAUAGAGAGUUAAGCUCGUUGCUGUAACCCCUUUUGGAUUGAAGUGUGCUGAUUUUUAUAUAUGUACAUUUUAUAUAUAUAUAUAUUCUGCAGAAGUAUACAUAUAUAAAAUGUAUGUAUAAAAUGGCCUAAUGCAGACAUCCAUUGUAUUGCAUUUAUGAAAUGAAGACAUUUUGGAAAGAACAUUGUAUCAUAGUUCAUGAAUUUGCAGUGGAUCUUUGUUCCUUUUUACUGUGGUAUUUUAGAAAGAGUCUCAAGUUUGAAAUUAGAUCUGCCAAGUUGGAGUUUUGCUGCUUCAGCUUUGCACUGGGUGUCCGAAUAAACCAGUAUGAAUGUAGUAUUUGCCCUGUGUGAAGCAGCUACACCCCAACAGAUAGGAGGAAAAAAAAACCUAGAAAGAACUAUUUCAAGUUUAUCUUUUUGUAUAUGAAAAUAAACAGUAAAUUACAAAUAA